UUAAGUCUCGGCGCAAGUAGGAUCUCGCAGGAGUUUCACUCCUGGGCUUGUGCUGCUCCCAAAGGCAUUUUCGGUGGCACGUCCCAAACUCUUUAGAUUUUUGAUCCCUAAGAGCAGUGGUGGUGGUUUGGAACAUGAGUUAUGUCCUGCUUCUCCAGCAGGUAGCAGCGUGCUGUCUCUGAAACUUUCCAGCCAGCUCCCCUCGUAGUAGCAUAUGCGAAGGCACCUUCUGUGUACUGGCUUGUGCCCUGGCAGACAGAUAAAUACACAGUCUGCUGUCAGUUUCUCUGUAGAUCACGUAUAUCUCUGCUUGUAUCCUGAUACAAUACACUGCCUUAUGCUGUUUCCAGGAUACGUUGCCUUUUCAUCUUCUCUCAUGCAAUUUCAUCUGGGACUUAGGUGUCCUGUAACACCUAGUUAGAUGGGGUUGUCAUUUUACAUACAAUUAAUGCAUGCAUCUAUAACAGUGAUGCAAAGGUCUUUGUUAAUGAAACUGUUGUUGCACAAAAGAUGAGAGGAAUGAUUAAUAGAGAAGGGUUGGACUGUUGAAGAAAGGGAAAGUGUAAGGGUUGAAAGCCAUAGAGGAAUACAAAAUGCAACACUACCUGGGAGCGCAGUUCUUGAAAACAAUAGUUAACCUAUAACACUUUAAAGUACAGUCUCAGGCUUUCCCUUGGGUAGUUACUUUAGUGGGCCCAGCAGAAGUUUACUGACACUUGUUGAAUUGUCUAUAGGAUUUUUUUAUAUACUGUGGCCUAUGUGCUGUCUUGUGUCCAGUGCUUAAAGUUGUGGGAAAAGAACAGUGGCUCCUUAUGGGAGAUAAUACCUCUGGAGUAACAGUCGCUAGGGAGCACCAGGAGAGGGAGUAAGUAGCUCACUGGCUGAGGUAGUCCCGAGUAAGUUCAUAAAUUUUAUUUCUAUUCAGUAGAGAGACAAAGAAGCUGGUAGUUUUUUUGAAGUGUGUUUCAGAACUGAGCCAACUGGCACUGCCAAGGUUGCAGCAGUGUCAUUUCCUCUGCUUUAACUGGAAGUGGUAAAUAACACUCCAUAUUGUAUUACUGGAAAUAGCAGAUAACACUGAAUAUUGUAGAGUAAGGUCAACCUUAGGCCCAGAGAAAAAUUCUCUCAGACCUUGGUACUUCUGCAAUUCUUGCACAAUGUGUGACAAAUCAUCCAGAGACAUUUAUAAAACUUUUGUACUAGCAUCUCUUCAACAUCAGUUGCCAAACUGCCCACUGAAUGCUACACGCAAACGUAGAGGUUGUUCUCAUGGUGUGAUGUAGUGACUUACUGUAAAGAUUCAAUGUCUCUGAAGUACUCGAAGUCAGUGCUUUGAUGCUGUCCCAGAAACCUAUAUGAGCUGUAAUUCAGAGAUAACUGUGUGCUGUGUUUUAGAGCCAACGUUGACUUUAUAUUUUGUCCUGUUUGGACUACAUGGGCUGCUGUUAUUGGAAGAAAUAAUAAACCAGCUGUACCUACCGCAUGUGCUGAUAAGUGAAGACCAUUUCAGUUGUGACUUGACUCUUGAGCUUUAACUGAGCUCCACAUGGAGCAUAAAAUGCGUUUCUCUAUUUAAGUUCAAAUCAUGGAUUAUCAGGCCUCCGUGGUAAAAUGUCAAGCUCUGGGAAAAGACCUCCUUCCUAAUAGAAUUUCUGGCAACUCUCUUGGGAAAUCGGAACUAAUAAAUUAGUGUCUCAGAAUAUAGUGUCACAGUUGGAUUAAAAAGGUAGGGGAGGGAGAAAAGGUGAAGGAACUUGAGUGUACCAGAGAGAACUUCUCAUAUAAUUUAAUAGAUCUGACCUGCAUUCCCCUUUGCCAGUUCUGCCUUUUCAGGAGAGACCAAGUUUCUGUGGAUUUUUUCCCUUACACAGUUUCACACAGACUGAUAUGUGUCCUCCAUAAAAAGUAAAGAGGGAAGAUUUUAUUUGUGUUUUUUUGUUUUUUUUUUCUUUUCAUGUCUAUGGAGCCAUUGGAAUCAUUAUCACCUAGCUGUUUUCACUCUGGGAAUAGGAGAUAGAACAUUUUGUCUGUUGGCUUUAUGGACCAAAUUAUAGUCAUUUGGUCAAAGAGCAAAGCUUUUAGAAGCCUCCAUGUAAAGUGUGUGCUGCUGCUUGCUGCUCAGGCUUCUUAAUCUUCUGCCUGAAUAGCAUAGUGCAAGUGGAAAAUGCUCAUUGCAUAGAUUUUCCCAUCUGUUCUACACCAAAGUUGUUUGACUACUUUGUCUGGGUCUUGUUAAGUUGAUGUGAGCCUAUGGGACAACUAUUCUGGCUUGGGACUAAUUGCCCUCUGUCCGGUCAGUUGUAAGGUUCCUGUUGGUUUUGAUGUUGGACGUUCCCAGCACAGGGAAAAUUGAUUCAUGUUUUUAAUCAUUUAGUUUGAAUGAUUUUUGGUUAUUUACGUGAAAGGUUGGUUCUCUUUGUGAAUUUUCACAGAGUGAGAAAACCUUUGGGCUCUGUUGGAUUUCAAGAGUUAAUCAUACUUGGGGAUUCACGAGUUUCUUGAACUAGUUAAUUGCCUUUUUUUAUUAUGUAUAUAUUUUUUUUUGUAAGAGAUGUUGUCCAUCAUUUGAUCCAAUUUUAGUGGUGCUUUCUGGAAAGUACCUUAAAUGUUUUACACCCAGAGCCCGAAGUCUGUAGGUAGUUGGUGCAUUGUCAUGUUUAACGUCAAACUGCUAUCUGGACAGUACUGCGAGAGCGCUGUGAAAAAAUUUUCAGUCCUGUCAUCUCUCCUGGGACUAGCAAGGCUGUCAAAGCUAGUUUGACUGAGGCAGCUGCGUGUUUUUGGAAAUACGCAAGCUGUUGCAUGCACUCUCCAGCUGUUGAAAUAGUAAACUCAGUGCUUUUUUUUUUUUUUCCCCCUUUUGAAGGAGGGUGGAGGGAAAGGGAAGGGAAUCCCUGUUCCUGUUUCAAUAAACUGCGAAACAAAUAACUUCUAGUUGACAUUUUCCUUUCUUAUGAUAGUUAAUGUUAGAGAAUUGGUGGCUUUAUUUUUCCCCCUUCAUGUAAGCGAGAAUGGUGUCCAAACAGUAUUUCAUCAGGGCAUUUACCCCUUAGGGCUUUCCCAUGGGCGUGGGGAGGAAUAACUUUGUGAGUGCUUUCAAUUUGCCCUCACCCUUCCUACCAUGUAACGGAGAGGGCCUUGACUUAAAGGCGGUGACUUGACUCUUCAGUUGCUCUACCUUUUUGAGGCACUAAUUUUUUCAAUUAUUUGGUUUUGUAUUUGACUGUUUCUCUUAGGAGAACAUUUUGUUUCCUGCUCAGUUUGUAACUGGCUAGAAUGUUCCAAAGUCAGCAGUCUAGAGCCCUGGGUGAGGAGUUUGGGUCGUGCUUUAAGUCACUACCACUGCUCUUAGGGACAAAAAACCUUUAGAACUUGGAGUCCUGCCUGUCCCAUGCUGGAGCGCACAAGAACGUUGAUGAGAGUCCUACCAGAGUGCAAUUCUGCUUCUUGGAAAUUAAGAUGCAAUGGAUCAGCUUGAGCAGAGGGUAAAUGAAUUUUUUAUGAACGCAAAGAAAAACAAACCUGAAUGGAGAGAAGAACAAAUGACAUCAAUCAAAAAAGAUUAUUAUAAGGCUUUGGAAGAUGCAGAUGAAAAAGUGCAACUGGCUAAUCAAAUAUAUGAUUUGGUAGACCGUCAUUUGAGAAAACUGGACCAGGAACUUGCUAAAUUUAAAAUGGAACUUGAAGCAGAUAAUGCCGGAAUUACAGAAAUAUUAGAGAGACGGUCUCUGGAGCUGGAUACACCGUCACAGCCUGUGAAUAACCAUCACGCCCAUUCACACACUCCAGUAGAGAAAAGGAAACACAAUCCAUCUUCUCAUCACAGUACAACAGAUCACGUUCCUGAAAAGAAGUUUAAAUCUGAAGCCCUUCUAUCUACCCUUACUUCAGAUGCUUCUAAAGAAAAUACACCAGGGUGUCGAAACAGUAAUUCAUCAUCCUCUUCAAACAAUGCAUACAAUACAAACUCUUCUCAACCAUUGGCAUCAUAUAACCUGGGCUCAUUAUCUUCAGGAUCUGGGGCCGGUGCAAUUACCAUGGCAGCAGCUCAAGCAGUGCAAGCCACGGCACAGAUGAAGGAAGGAAGACGAACAUCCAGUCUAAAAGCCAGCUAUGAAGCAUUUAAGAACAAUGAUUUUCAGCUUGGAAGAGAAUUUUCAUUAUCCAGAGAUUCAACUGGCUAUUCAUCAUCAGCUCUGGCAUCUACAUUAACACAGACAUUAAGUUCAUCAACCACAGAUUCACGAAGUGGCAGAAAAAGCAAAAACAACAACAAAUCCUCAAGUCAGCAGUCCUCAUCAUCAUCUUCUUCUUCGUCUCUGUCAUCAUGUUCUUCUUCAUCUGCACUGGCACAAGAACUGUCUCAGCAAACAGCAGUAAUACCAGAGUCUGACUCUAAUAGCCAGGUGGACUGGACCUACGAUCCAAACGAGCCACGAUACUGCAUUUGUAAUCAGGUGUCCUAUGGUGAAAUGGUAGGCUGUGAUAACCAAGAUUGCCCCAUUGAGUGGUUCCACUAUGGCUGUGUUGGACUGACAGAAGCCCCGAAAGGGAAGUGGUACUGUCCCCAGUGCACGGCUGCCAUGAAGAGGAGAGGCAGUCGGCAUAAAUAAAGUUGCUGUGUCUGGAAAACAAAUUGCAUACUAUAGGUUUUAUAGGGGACUCGGGAGGGGAAGGAACCCCCCACCACAUUUCCUUGCAACCACUUAAGGGUUAACAUAGCAGUCAUAAGAUCUUGAACUAUUGAUUUUGCUAGUUGUGUUUUAAUAUUGUAAGUAAAUUAUUUAUGCACAUUAAUGUGCUACAGAUACUAUUCCAGUGAGCCUUGGAUUGUUCCAGUGGCCGACAUAUGCAGACAUUUGUACUAUCAGACCAUUUUCUCUAAGCAGUGGGCAUUCUACAAUUACUCAAUCUUCAAAGAAUUCCAAUAAGUCCAGAUUUUAAAUGUAUGUUUUAUAUUCAACAGAUAUAUUCUGCUGCAUGUACUGUACUCAAGAGCUGUUAUGUAACACUAUGUAUAUAAAUGGUGCAAAAAGUCAGUGCUUCUGAAAAAAAAAAUAUGAGACAAUGGUUUUUAAAAUGCCUUUAUAGCUUUGGUUCUUUAUGAAACUUAAUUCAGCAGGCUGAAGAAAAUGGUUCUUGUAUACAGCGGGCUGUUGUCCUCUAGGGUACUUGAGUAUGUAAAAACAAACAAAAAAAUGCUGUAGAAUAAAAUGAACUUGUGCCAUUAGUCUUUAUAUGUUUCUGCCCCAGAGAAGGUGCAGGCCAUAAGAGGAAAAAAAAAAAAAAAGGUGUUAAAGUGAUGAUAAAUUUUUAUACCAAAUGUGUUUAUUUUUUUGUGCAAGUAAUCCUUUAAAUUUGAAUUGUAUUAGGUGUUAAAAUAAAACAACCUCAACUCCUCAAA